GUGUUUGCUGAUGGCUGCUGGAGAUUCGGCCUAUUUUCAAUGAGAGAACUCCCUCCGCUGUUCUAAUAAAAACAUUCUGUUUUGUUUUCGUUUUCUUGUACUUUUUGUUUUUCGGUUACGAAAGUUAGCUGAAAUUCUAUCUUUAAUAAAAACUACUAGUUGCUCGCCAUCGAAUACUCUAUUACGGUUGUGGCUACUCCGCGAGCUCGCCAAAACAACAAACAGGAGGAGAGGAAGGAUGACGAGGACAGGAAGGAUGACGAGGACAGGGAGGAUUGAAAGGACAGGAAGGAUGACGAGGACAGGAAGGAUGGAGAGGACAGGAAGGAUGGAGAGGACAGGAAGGAUGACGAGGACAGGAAGGAUGACGAGGACAGGGAGGAUUGAAAGGACAGGAAGGAUGGAGAGGACAGGAAGGAUUGAGAGGACAGGAAGGAUGACGAGGACAGCAAGGAUGACGAGGACAGUGAGGAUUGAGAGGACAGGAAGGAUUGAAAGCAUAGCAAAGGUGGAGAGGACAGGAAGGGUGGAGGUCAUAAUACCGUUAGUAUUCUUUUUCCAGUUCCAUCAGAGUGGCUGACGUCUAUAUUUACAAUAUGGCUAAUCAAUGUUUUUAGCCGGGUUCAGAGACAAGCGAUGAAUUUGACUUUAUCGAGCGGAAUAAUAGCCGGAAGAAAUCAGAUAGAUGUGUUUUGUUCAUUAUUCAAUCUAAGAGAAUUUGUUGGCGUCCGGUCUGUAAGUAUCUCCAUUACGCAGAACCUCUACACAUGUUCUCCUACUUUUUUGCAAAAUUUAGAUUACAUUAGUUGGUAUUAAACUUCCAGAAUUAAUACAUUUCAUGGCUGAAUUACAAAGCCUAAAAUUGUUGUCAUCAUUAACCAUCAACACAGAUGAAAUACAAGAUAAAGAUGAUCUGCGUGCCAUCUGUAAAAGUGCUCUUCAAAUUCCCUCGUUAAUUAAAUGCGAUGUAUCGUGUGGCCUUUGUGAUACAAUGACACGGGAUAAGAAGUUUGAAAAAUUGUUAGAAGCAUUUCAAUUAUCGGCGAGUGCUAGUGAUUAUUUCAAUGAAAUAUGCAGUACUUAUUAUCAGAUUCUAGAACUAGGGGACUUCAUAGCUCCAUUGAAUUUUAUACCAUUGAUGUAUUUUGAUUCGUCAGAACAUAUGGUUGAUCGAGUAGCUCAAACAUAUUUAAGAAAAUGUAGCAAUAUCAUCGUUCAAGGUUUAAUUCCAAUUGAGACGCAUAGCGAUGGUAACUGUUUAUAUUAUUCAAUUCUCAGACUGAUGUCACAAUGUGAAAUAACACAUAUUGAACUACGAGUACGAACAAUUAUUGAAUUGAUAAAAAAUUACAAGCAAUACGAAACAAAAUAUGGAAACUCAUUCGGCAUUAUACAAGAACAUAUCAGAUAUAUGUACAGGAAUUACGCAUUCUCGGAAAUGUACGAAAUAAUUGCGCUCUGCGAUGUUCUGCAAUGCAAUAUAGAAAGUGUUUACCCGAACAUUGAUUAUAGUGACCAUUUAAAUAAAUGUAAUUAUACGUAUAGUCCUAUAAAAAAGACGAGCUUUACAAAUAAGACAAUAACAAUUCUCUGGACACAUGCGUUACACGAAGUUGAAGCACGACGUAACAGCAAAGGAACAUGGACCGCGAAUCAUUUUGUUCCUUUAGUACUUCCUUGUAUCAGCGCUCAGUCUCAAAUUAUGAUUACAUCUACAUUUCAAUCAAAUUCUGCAGUAAAAGUUAGUACUAUUGAUUUAUAA